AAAGGCUUCUUUAUGAACAAAACAAUAAUUCAAUUCGGUGUGAUAUAGCUAGCUUUGUGAACAGCCUGGAUGAGCUAACGUCAUCUUCUGUCACCUCCAACGUAACUCACUUGAUCUAAUCCUCGCGCUGGUGUACUGAGGGUAAUGGGCUAGGAGGUCUAUGGCGCUAUUAGUUUGGUAGUUUUCCUCCACCGGAACAAGUUUAACGUGACAUAGCUACGGUAAGGUUUGCUCGGUAACGGGCCAGUCCCACAAGCCCAGCUGGCCGACGGUUAGUGAGGACAUUAGGACGGUAGAGAAUGAGACGUCUGCUCAGCUCGGUCAUUAAAGCCCCCAAAACUAUCCGGACCGUGUGGCUCGCGGUCUUCCCUGUUCUGACGGGCACCUCGUCUGUUCUGACGGGCACCUCGUCUCUCCAGGGAGACGCCGUCUGCAACGGGACGCACGGCAACAAACAGACGCUGCUGUCCGACCCUCAGCUGUUUGAAGCCCAGUUCGACGAGCUGGUGACGGAGCUUUCAGAGAGGGACCUCGCUGACCCCGCGCUGGCUGAUGCUCUGACCAGGUUUAGAGAGGUGUUGGUGUACAAUUCCCCUGGAGGCAAGAGGAACCGAGGACUGUCUGUGAUCGCUUCGCUGCGGGACCUUCUCCCUCCCACUCGGCUCACACAGGACACCGUGCAGCGGGCUCUGUUGGUCGGCUGGUGCAUUGAGUUGCUUCAGGCAUUUUUUCUGGUGGCAGAUGAUAUCAUGGAUGGAUCUGUGACUCGGAGAGGACGGUCCUGCUGGUACAAGAAGGAUGGAAUCGGUCUGGAUGCCAUCAAUGAUUCAUUUCUCUUAGAGGCGGCAAUCUACAGACUGCUUCGCAGACAUUGCAGGGAUCAGCCGUACUACGUCCACCUACUGGAGCUAUUUACAGAGACAUCUUUCCAGACCGAGCUCGGCCAAGCUCUGGACCUCAUGACUUCUACCCCCGGUCAGAUUGACCUCAACAGAUUCACAAUGGAGAGGUAUAAAGCUAUUGUAAAGUACAAGACUGCGUUUUACUCUUUUUACCUACCAGUGGCAGCUGCGAUGUAUAUUGCAGGAAUUGAGAGUGAAGAGGAACACAAUAAUGCCAAACACAUCCUACUUGAGAUGGGAGAGUUUUUUCAAAUACAGGAUGACUACUUGGACUGCUACGGAGAUCCUGCUGUGACAGGAAAGAUUGGCACAGACAUCCAGGAUAACAAAUGCAGCUGGCUGGUGGUGACGGCGCUGGAAACCAUGACUCCUGAACAAAGAGCAGAGCUGAAGGCAUGCUAUGGGCGCCAUGACGAUGCCUCUAUAGAAAAGGUCAAAGCAUUGUACUGCACCCUGCAAAUGCCAACGUUGUACCACAAAUAUGAGGAAGACAGCUACCAGCGGUUACAGAAACUCAUUGCUUGUCACGCUCAAAAUCUUCCUCACUCAAUCUUCCUCAACUUUGCCAAGAAAAUCUACAAGAGGAACAAGUGAGAGACAGUGGUGGUCACAAAAAGUGGUUCCCUUUGACCCACGGAAUAAUUUUGCAGUCGUUUGUAGAUAUUUGGUGGCAAAUGUCAUCAAACGGUCUCUCUCUUUUUCCCCAUAGUACAUUAUUGAUCCCAGUUCAUGAUGUACAGUGUCUCCAGUUGUUUCUCCACUGAAGAAUUAUAUGUAUAGAAUUAUGACACUGAAAUGAUAAACGUAAAUAAAAUGAGAUUGUUGAAAUUUAUUUAAUUUUGUAGGAGUAGAUUUAUUAUUUGAUUAGAGUCUAAAGGGAACAUGUAUGACAGCAGAUGUAUCCUGACGGGACAGAGGGUCAAACCUCAUCAGCCUUCUAAUUCUAUAUAUUUUUAUAUUGCUGCUGUAAAGUCUGUAAUGUUAUUGAUUUUAAUAAAUAAUGUAUGCACAGUU